CCUCAUCCGGCACCCACCUCUGGCCUCUGGCUCGCAUGGCUCGUCGUGUGUCGACGCACAGCUCAUCAGAAACACACGCUCUUCCAAGCUUGCAGGAAAGAUUUAUAAGAUCGACAGCUGCUGGGUGGUUGACUUGACCUACGCAACCACGGUUCCGGUCCUAUUGAAUCCACUGGGAGUUUGGCAACGCAAAUACCGUAGAUAUAGCAUACCUAUCCUCGAUCCACAAUGACAAACGGAUUACCAGCGGUUCUGAUUCUAGGCGGCCUGAACACCGCGUCGCGGCAACUGGCCAUCUUUCUCGUUUCUGGAGAUCAAGGCGAAGUUCCGAAAGCUGCACACGAACAACGACCUCCCCUCGUCAAGUAUCUUCGCAUCGCCGAUAGGUUCUCCGUCCAACCGGAAACGACGUAUCUCGGCCGUGCUUUCAAGGGGAUCCUCGAGAGAGACGACGUCGAUUAUAGGCAGGCCAAUUUGGCGGUACCCAGCAAGGUGGCCGAGAUCUUUACACCUCCACCAGGAAUCGAGUCUUUCGACUACGUGUUUGACUUGACAGGCGAGACCCGACCUGACCGACCAGAGGUCAUUUACGUCCAGCAAUGUUACGCAUUGCCAUUGGCUCUAGCAAGACAUGCCAGUACCCUCUCGAGUCCGCCUCGAGCCUACGUGAGGCUCGUGCCGCCAGCCUAUGUGAUGAGCAACUCCGUCACGGGAGGCUAUACCGAGCGUUUCGUCGAGGCCAAAAAGGAAAAAAAGGGCGGCAUGUUCAGGAGCAAAGAUAAGGGAUCCGAGGGUUUGGGUCCGAAGCCGGACGGCGUGCGUGGCAGAUGGUGGCACGAGGGGGUUAGGGCUCAGGCAGCGGUGCCGGGUCUCAAUUUCGUUGCGAUCAGGGCUGGUGAAAUAUACGGCGAAGCUUUCGGAGAAGGUCAAGUCCUGGCUAGACUGGUGAUUGCGCACGUUUACAAGCACAAGCAGGAAAAAAUGGAGUUCCUACAUUCAGGAGACCUUCGAUUGCACACAGUGCAUGUUCGUGAUGCAGUCAGAGCGAUGUUUGAAGUUGCUCAUUGGGUCGCGUCGCAAGGAAGAGCAGCAGCGGAUCAGAUAGCAGGUGAAGAGAUGCCGUGUGCUUGGGCAUGGUCCACUGGGAAAGACGGGGACGAAGAGAAACAAGGGAUGAAAUUGGUCCCCGAUCUUCUGGACCCAUCUGCCCAGAUCGUCGCUCCUUACUUCAAUGUCGUGGACGAUGGUGACACGACUCAGGACAAGCUGGCCAAGGCAUGCUCAGAUGUCUUUUCCAUCAAGUAUGGUUUCCAUAGCUCGGUAGUCUCGUCGCUCGUGACUUCGUUCAACCGAACAGACUUUGGGGCACUCGUCGACGACAUCAACGAAGAUCAUAUGGAAGUGUGGCAGGACAUGAUGAGCAAGUCGUCGCCGCCGAUCUUCGACACGCCGAUAUCGCCGUUACUUCUUCCAGACUCUUUCAAGAAAAGAGCGAUCAACCUGAACGGGCAGAAGCUACGUACAAUCACCGGCUGGUCACCCGCCGUCAAAGAGGUCAACCCAGAGGCUUUACGGCUGCAAUGUCAGUCUUUCCAGCUGGCACAGCUUUGGCCUAAUCUUUGAAGUUUUUGUGGCUCUCGUUCCUGUCGUGAUUUCUAGGUCGUUC